ACAAACUGAGCUGAAGAUGCGUUCCCAAUUCGUUAUCGCCUUUGGGCUUUUGGCCCUAAUUGCAACUGCCUACGCUAGUUCUACUCCUGCGGCAGGAGCACCAGCGGCAGGAUCCCCGCCCUCGCCACCUGCAGCGGCAGGAUCCCCGCCCUCGCCACCUGCAGCGGCUGGAACACCGCCCUCCCCAUCCCCACCGGCUGGAACGUCGCCCUCCCCAUCCCCAGCGGCUGGAACACCGCCCUCACCAUCCCCAGCUGCUGGUACACCGCCCUCGCCAGCUACUCCCGAUACGCCCGCUUCCCCGACUCCACCAGCUACGCCCACAUCGCCCAGUGACAGUGGAUCCAGCAGCAGCCAGGAGGAGAUUAGGCUCAGGCGUCAGCUGCGCAGGCUGAGGCGCCAGCUCCGCCGCGAGAGGCGUGUCAACCAGAGGAACCAGAAUGGAGGUGGUGGUCGGAGACGACCGCUUCGCCGUGUACACCGUCACCGUCGUCUAAACUAAAAUUCACGAAUAUGUUGGCUACGAAUUUGAAAUAAAAUUCCAGACAGAAAU